AUGUCUGGAAAACCAGUUUGUAUUGCUGAUUUUGAAAAAUAUGCUAAAAAAGUUCUUCCAAAAUCAGUGUAUGAUUAUUACCGAUCAGGAGCAGAUGACCAAGAAACAUUAGCAGAUAAUGUAGCAGCAUUUUCAAGAUGGAAGCUGUACCCCAGGAUGCUCAGAGACGUGUCUGUAAUGGACCUGUCCACCUCUGUCUUAGGGCAGAAAAUCAGUAUGCCGGUCUGUGUCGGAGCAACCGCUAUGCAGCGCAUGGCUCACGUUGAGGGAGAGAUGGCUACUGCUAAAGCUUGCCAGGCAAUGGGGACAGGGAUGAUGCUGAGCUCCUGGGCCACCUCCUCCAUUGAAGAGGUUUCUGAGGCAGCUCCUGCUGGCCUUCACUGGCUGCAGCUUUACGUAUACAAGGACCGGGAGAUUACUAAAUCCCUAGUGAAGCGUGCGGAGAGAGCAGGCUACAAAGGGAUCUUCGUGACAGUGGACACACCGUUCCUUGGCAGGCGUAUUGACGACGUGCGCAACAAGUUCCAGCUUCCUCCGCACCUCAGCUUAAAAAAUUUUUCAAGGGAUGAUUUGACCUUCUCCUCUGGGAAAGACUUUGGAGAGAACAGCGGACUGGCUGCAUACGUAGCCGAUGUGAUUGAUGCCAGCGUCAAGUGGGAGGACAUUAAAUGGCUUCGAGGUCUGACUUCGCUGCCCGUUGUUGCUAAAGGGAUCCUCAGAGCUGAUGAUGCUAAAGAAGCUGUAAAGUGUGGGGUAAAUGGGAUCCUGGUGUCAAAUCAUGGAGCACGACAGCUGGAUGGGGUUCCUGCAACUAUUGAUAUCUUGCCUGAAAUCGUUGAGGCUGUAGAGGGGAAGGUGGAGGUGUUUGUUGAUGGUGGCGUAAGAAAAGGCACGGACGUUCUCAAAGCAUUAGCUCUUGGAGCCAAAGCAGUAUUCAUUGGAAGGCCUCUCAUCUGGGGCUUGGUUUAUCAAGGGAAAGAAGGAGCAAAGGAAGUUCUCCAGAUGCUGAAGGAAGAGUUUCGCCUGGCAAUGGCACUGAUGGGAUGCCGGAGUGUAGAAGAAAUUGACAGGACGCUGAUACGCAGAGAGCGAGUAUUGGUUUCCAAGAUUUAGGACUGAAGACUGUCACCUGCUGUCUUUUGUAUAGAAAGUGUGUCACUGGACAAAAAGCAACUGCUUUCACUCUUUGGGCCUCAUCCUGCAAUCCUGACUGAGAAGGGCUGGCCUGUCGUUCUGCAUGAGAUCAUUCGUUCAAGUAGUACUUGAAGCACAUUUUACAGGAGUUCCUAUAUACUGCUAGGCUCCUCUGGAAAGCUACUCUGUACUGGGAGCUAUGAUUAGAAAGUAGGGUGGUAAAACGGAAAUGUUUUGAUAGCAAACACUAUCAAAAUGCAGAACUUUAAUGCAAAAGAUACUUCUUGUUCACUGCUUAGAGAAACUAUACUUUAGAUCGUAGAGAUUAAAUAUUGCUUUCCCACAAAUGUAGUAGUGUUUCCCUAUAGACUAUAUACUAUUCCUUUAUACAGUGUAGUCUCGCAGCUGAGUAAGGAGCUCAGAAAAGUUAGUUGUAAAGAACAGAACAACAAAGCAAAACUGGAAAUUUCUGGGGUUUUUAAGUCAUAUGUAAAUGGUUGUUUGAUUGCAAGGGGCUGUAUGUGUACCAGUCAAGGAUCUCACCUGUAUCUGGUACAAAUCCUUGAAGCCUGAUUGCCUUCAACAAGCUAUGCUGACUACACUCAGCUGCAGUCCUGAGUCCCAUGUUUCAUGCAUUUUUUUGGACUUAUUUGUUGACAAUGUUUUUAGAUUAUUUCUUUGACAAAUCUGUGGGCACUUACUGCAUCUCUAUCUUUGUCCUGAAUUUUUAGGGAGAGCUUGACUAUAGAUUUCGCACACUUCAAAAGAGGGAAGUAUGUUUCUUGCUUCCUGCUUUCUAUAGAUAAAUUCAGUUGCCCAAAGUGAUGUUAUGAAUGUAAGUAUAACAGAGGUUGUGCCAUUCCCACCCUCUGCUUCCCUCCUUCUCAUGUACAAAGAAAGCUUAAAAAGCCUAGUUUCUCAGUUUCUUGAGUUUUUUUUUCUGUUUUUAAUGAUAGAAGACGCAUAUUGACAAUACCUCUGACUGAUUAGAAGCUGGUUCUGAUAUAAAACACACACUCUGAAGUGCCUCAAAUGCUGUUAUGGGCCUGUAAGUAAAUCCUCAGAGGCACAAGGCCCUCUUUGGGCCUCUGCUAAUGUGCAUCCUGAAUCUCACAGGCCAGAGCUCCUUCUGGGAGCAAAACAAACAGCAUCUGGCUAACUGAUGGCUUGACUCUCUGAAAUGAAGGAGUCUUUCUGUACAGCAUGGGCCUUAACAGAGCCUCAUAUGAUUAACCCAUUCUCACACAGAAAGCACCAUAUUCAUGAGGAGAAACUAUGAAGCAAGCUGCAGUGCAGUUCUGCAGUACUUCAGUUACAUCAUAGUAACUGCCUGCCUGUUUUCUUGGUGAUGUUUUAUUUCAGGGAUAACAGCACUUUUAUUUUGGGGCAGACAUGGCAGAGCAGCUGAUGAACUACAAGUUUAUGCCUGUCACCUUUUUGUUUUUUUUGUAGCCACAAGCUCAAGGCGAUCGUCUGUUCUUUCAGAACUGCAGCUAGCUCUCUGUUUCUUUGGUGAUGAGAGGUUACAUAAACUUCAGGAGGCAAAAACCUAGAUAACAGAAGAACUAUCAGGUGCUGUGGGGUAAUGGCUGUAAUGGCUUGAGGAUCAGUGCAGCCCUAGCAAGGCCUACAGGCGUCAUAUCCUUAGCCAGGGCUGGCAAGUCCUGUUAGAUGUGUGGAGCUACUUACAGACCAGUGAGAGUGCUUUUGACUCUAGAAAUACACUGCAGAGGUGCUCCAGUAGUUUCUGUAUACAGCUUGCCUGAGUCUGGCAGGGAUGUUUAGACAGAGAUAUUAUUAGAGGGCAGAAGCAUGUGAGUGCAACUCCAGCUUUUCCAGAUCAGGACUGGUGGCAGAAGCAGUAGCUGCAUAUGAGCAGUGCUGUGCCCAAGGCCUGCCAGAGCCUGCAACUUUCCAGGGACUUGCCAUGCAGCUAUGGUACAGCACAUGUACAACUGGAUUACCUGCUCACAGGCAACUGAAAGCUAACUCUGUGGGAGAAUUUGCAGGAUCUGCAGCCACAGACAAAAGAGAAAGGUGAAUAAUGAGUAUUCGCCCAUGACUUGAGAAGACAGUGCUGAAAACAUCCGUGUGGCUCCAUGCAGUUUUCCACAACACCUUUUAGACAGACAAAGCUUAGUAUUAAUCAGUCUGUUUAUGAUGAGGAUAUGGAGAUGUACAGGAUCUGCUCCUCUUCUCUGAACAAUCCAAACACCCAUUGUAUCCAAAAGGACUUUUGCAACUGUGGAAAAUAUGGGAAUAACUUUACACUGCUAAGUGGCCUGUCCCAGAGUGAGCAGGCAGAGGAGGUAAGACUCUACUAAUUUAAUCCUGGGUAAAAUUAAGGGUGGUUCUUCAUCUUGCUUCCAUUGUGAUUAUACUAAUGUCACUGGAAGCAAGGAGAAGCCACUGCAGAAAUCUCUUGAAGAUUUUGUUCUGGAAAUUCAGUAUUCAUUCUUAAGGAAGAUUUAAAGAAAACAAGUCUUAACUUCACUGUUCCACUGUUAUUGAUAACAUAGAGAAUUAUACUGUUAGAACAGGGACAGGUUCAAGCCCUCUACCAUUUGUUUCCUAUCAGUGUCAAAAGGACUCAUGCAUCCCGAUUCUUCCUUUUUGUUCUGUUUGAGAUAUCCCUUACUGAGCUUUGAAGGCAGCUUUGUAACAAAAUGAUGGAAUACUACAAUGUGAACUAAAGCUGGGGCUGGAACUCAAAACGCGGAGAAAACCCAAAAGGCCAAAUGCUUGCCCUUCGGUUGUAAAACUUGUACUCUUAUUUACUGCAGAAUGUAGCGUGUUGUGUGAGGGUUGCAUAGCAACAAAAUAAAGUUUAUCUGUGUAAGGAAAUAUGAA